AUGGAGCGUGUUGAAAGUUAUGAAAACGAAAAGGUGCUUAAAGAAGUAUGGUCCAGAGAAUAUCAGGAUAUAAUUAUUGAAAGUCGACAACAUGGAGAAGAAGAUAUAGAGAUGGAAUUUGAAAAGCAACAGCAGUUGUAUACAAAAUAUUCUAAAAUUUACGAUACCGUUUUACGUAUUACUGAAGUGUAUGCUCCAUACAGGCUUGCUGAGAAGAUCAACGACUUAUAUAAAGAUAAUAAAGACAUAAAGAUAUUAGAUUUUGGAUGUGGGACAGGUCCAGUGGCAGAUAAUUUAAAAACAUUCGGUUUCACUGAUAUUGACGGUGCUGAUUGCAAUCAGGAUUUGUUGGACAUGGCCCGUGAAAAAAACGUGAUGAAGAAAUUGUUCGUAGGUAGAGGUGUGGAGGGGCUUCUCGACAUUCCAUCGGAUACCUAUGAUGUUGUUUGCGCCACAGGCGUAUUUUUCGGUGCUGUGUCAUAUCCUGGUACUGAGUGUUUCGAAGAGAUUUCUCGAAUUAUCAAGAGUGGUGGCCAAUUAAUUAUCUUAGCAAAAUACAGUUAUUUAACUGAAUCCUAUAUAGAUUACGACAGGAUUAAAAAGUUGGAGGAAAAGGGCGUAAUGAAGUCACUUCCCUACGAGAUUUACGCUGGGUAUAGAACGCGUUACGAAUGUGAAUCGGAUCCGAAAAGUCGGGCUAUUUUUAUGAGAUACGCAGUACUAUGA